AUGAUUGUUCAUCUUUGUCUGUUACUCAACCUAGUCGUCUUUCUGCUUGUCAACUGUUUCGAUGACCCGCCACCACCACGACCACGCCCACGGCCACCACCGGUCAUCGUUCAUCAAAAACGACCGAAAACUCGAACUGAGCACUCAGAAAAGUCGAUGAAAAAAGUGAAAGAGGAGAAGAUUCGCGUUCCUGUGCCAAAACCAACGGAACCAAAAAUGAAGACACGAGAGUGCAACGACAACGAAACUGUCGACGAGACACCGUCGCAGUGGGGAGACACCGAUGCGGCGUUUGUGGUGAGGAAAUCGAAGCAAAAGCCAGUUUUUGGCUAG